UGCGCGCAGGCCAGCCACGAGACCGCUCGCGGGCGCAGCGGGGAGGGCAGCAGGCACAGGGCGCCGGAGCCUGCGGCGGGGACGGACGGACGGACGGACGGGCGCUCGCGUGCGCGCCAGGGCGCGGUCCCUCUGUGAACGGAGCGGUGGCGCCGUGGCGCCAAGAUGCUGUGGUGUAUGCUAAAGCACGCAUUCGAGGCGCACAGAAAGAGGAGGUGCGUCCGAGGGGAGGGAGGGAGGAGGGAGAGGCAUCCCUGAAGAGGAGGAGGACAAGAGUAGAUACAGGGUGUAUCAGCGAAGCUGCACUACUACCACCAUCCCGCGCCCCAGGGGGGCACCCUUGGAAGGCCAGCGCUGCAUCUAGCGCCCAAUCUCACUCUCCCCAGGAGCACGCAACAGGGACUCGACCCACGGACGGGGCGCAGAGACUGCAGCCACCACGGCGAGCGAGCAAACACGCGUGCACAUGCGCGCCCGCCGCGCUCCCGCGCGCACGAGCCACCGCGCGGAGGCGCAGGCCAGCGGCGACUGGCCGUGCACAUGUCUACGCGUGCUGCUGGCCUCUGACGAUCGGGAGGGGGCGACACCGCGCACGGGGCCGGGAACGCGGCGCGGAGGCUGCGCGCCGCUGUUUCUGCGCGGCCUCCCCGAGCUCGUCUGCCAGGGGCUCCCCGGGCUCCUCGCCCUCGUAGGGCGCCGCGGGCAGCGGCCCCUCGCGGUCCCACGCGGCCUCGAGCCCCGCCCGCUCGGCGGCGCGCCGCGCGAGGCGCACGCUCUCGGGCGCCAGGGCCCGCGAGUCCAUCCUGGGGGCUUGUACAGAGCGCGGCGUUCGGCGCACGGCCUUUGGAGCGGCGCCGAGCACGGCCCCGAGUCCCGCAAGCUGGCAUUAGCGUGACAGCAGCGCGGCUGCGCGCGGGUGCGCGCGGCUGCGCGCGGGCACCCUACUGGCGACGAACGGAACAACCCAUCCCGCCGGCUGCGCGCGGGUACCCUUCCGAAUUUCUGCGCCGCGGCGUGCCUGUGACAACCGGCGGUCCGCCACGGCGCCUAUACACUUGAGGGGGGGGGGGGGACGACGAACGAUAGCCACUCGCCCGCAGCAGCGCUUCGAACCUUUUGCACGUGCCAGCACGGCACCCACCAGAUACGGCGCCUUGGCCGCCUUGUGGGCAGGUCGCCGCAGUGAACUCGGAGGAGCAGCCGGCAGCGGAACCAGAUCUGAGGCGUGUGGGCCAUCGGGACGCAUCGACCGGGCCUGCUGGCAAACCCCGGGCCCGUCGCCGAGACGGACAGCGCCGAGCAGGCACGGGCGGGGCGAGGCGUGUGCCCGCCCCGCGGCGCCGGGGGGACUCAGCGCUGGCCCGA